AUGUCUCCUUCUCACUGCAGUUCUAUUGAUGUAUUUGGUGACCAUCCUUGGAAACAUGACCAUUGUUCUACUGGUGGGGGUCUGGUUCCCCGGCUCCAUACUCCAAUGUAUUUCUUCUUGAGUAAUCUUGCUGUUAGUGAUAUCAUAUUUGUUUCAGUUACUCUUCCAAAACUUCUCUCCAUACUCCUAACACAUGACCAUUGGAUGUCUUUUCUCUGCCUGUAUGACUCAGGUGUACUUCUUCGCAUGUCAGCUGCUUCUGAUGUAUUGCUACUGACCUCCAUGUCCUAUGACCGAUACGUAGCAAUCUGUAAGCCAUUACAAUAUUCCUUACUGAUGAGUAAAGAUGUAUGCCUUUCAUUGGCUCUGUCCACUUGGCUAAUAUCUGUGACUUAUGCAGCAGUAAAUGUGUUAUCCACGUCUCUAUUAUCCUUCUGUCUCACACAAAAGGUUGACCAUUUCUUUUGUGAUCCGAAAGAACUGUAUGCAAUAUCCUCUAGUGAUGUUACAGGCAGAAACAUACUUAUGUUAUGUGAGGACUUACUGUUUGUAUCUUUUCCUUUUUUGCUCAUUCUGACUUCCUACGUAUUCAUCAUCUCCACCAUACUGAAAAUUAAUUCCUUGGAGGGACGACAGAAAGGUUAUUCCAGUUGCACCUCCCACCUCACCACGGUAAUAUUAUUCUAUGGUCCAGCCAUUGUAAUUUACGGCAAACCAGAGUCUGAAGGUUCUAAGGAGAUGGACAAGUUGCUGGCCUUGCUUUACACGGUUGUGGUCCCAAUGCUCAACCCAUUUGUCUACUCUUUGAGGAACAAAGAUAUUUUGAAGGCUAUAAGAAGUAUAAAAAGAAAGUCAACACGCUUCUGA